GUCCUCUCCUCUGAAGCCAGAAGAUUUCGAUAACUGUAUAAAGACAUGAAUAUCAGCCAAAAUGGAAUAUUAAGAAACUAGUUAUCAUUGUAUUGUUGACUUCUUUUUUGUAGUCAUCUGAACCAACCUAUAUUAACCCCCAAGUCCUUCUCUAAACCAAACCAUACGUUCGGGACAGCACAGCCUCAGCAAACGAUAUGAGGUUCAAAAAACUAGCCACCAACUUCUUCACACCUGCUUGUUUCAAGGCCAAAAGCCAGACAUCAGAACAUAAAUCCCAGUUAUCAUCCAAAGAGAUCACUAUUUCGCGUAGAUUGUCACUUUCGGAUGUGAGCAAUUCAUCAAUCUGCACUGUCCUGAGUGACAUAUCAAAUUCGCUUAUCGGAUCAAAUCUUCAUAUCUUUGCCCACAAUGAGCUCGAAAAGAUCACUCAAAGCUUUUCUAAGAGCAAUUAUCUUGGAGAAGGCGGGUUCGGGAAAGUGUACAAAGGGUUUGUUGAUGACAGGUUUAGGCCUGGCUUGGAAGCUCAACCUGUAGCUGUUAAGGUUUUGGAUUUGGAUGGCACGCAAGGUCAUAGAGAGUGGCUGGCUGAAGUGGUUUUUCUUGGGCAAUUGAAGCACCCUAAUCUUGUGAACUUGAUUGGGUACUGCUGUGAAGAUGAACAUAGGCUUCUCGUCUAUGAAUACAUGGAGAGAGGCAACUUAGACAACAAACUAUUCAAAUGUUAUUCUGGAACCUUGCCUUGGUUGACAAGAGUCAAAAUAGCAAUUGGAGCUGCUAAAGGCCUCAGUUUCCUCCAUGAGGAAGAAAAGCCAGUCAUAUAUAGAGAUUUCAAGGCUUCAAAUAUCCUACUAGACUGUGAUUACACAGCUAAGCUCUCUGAUUUCGGUCUAGCUAUAGAUGGCCCGGAAGGCGGUGAAACACAUGUCACAACGCAUGUCAUGGGUACUCAUGGCUAUGCAGCUCCAGAAUACAUCACGACAGGUCAUUUAACAACAAUGAGCGACGUCUAUAGCUUCGGUGUAGUUCUUUUAGAGCUUCUAACAGGUAGAAGAUCCAUGGAUGAGAGCCGUACUUUUAGAGAACAGAACCUAGUGGAGUGGGCCAAGCCAUUUUUGAAGGACUCGCACAAACUUGACCGUGUGAUGGACCAAAGACUCGAGGGUCAGUACUCUACCGAAGGGGCUAAAAAGGCGGCUGCAUUGGCUCAUCAGUGCCUGAGUCAUAACCCCAAGUCUAGACCAACAAUGAGCACUGUGGUCAAGACCUUAGAGCCUCUAAUGAACUUGAAUGACAUACCAAUCGGACCCUUUGUGUAUGUUGUUCCAACUGAAUCAGGAAAAGAAGGUCAAAUUGGGUGUCAUGAUAAGGUAAAAAAUGACAACAAAGGUGAAGUAAAAGAGGGAGGGUUGGAGAAAUUGAAGGGCAGCCACCGGAGACGAAAAGGUCAGAGGCAUAAGCAUCGGAUUAAGCCACUGAAGUCUAGUACUAUCUUUUCGGAUACUGCUCUAUACAAAGUUCUCGGAACUGGUUUAUACUCUCCCAGAUGAGCAAUGGAGGCAAUUAGGCAAAGAAUGCAUGCAAUAACACGACUUUGAUCAGAUAGUCCUCUCAGAAAAAGAAAAAAAACAGAGAAAUAGAAAACAAUAUAUACAUUAUACUUUUGGAUUUCAUUUAGAUUUUUUUUUUCCUGUAACUUUUGUUGUGUAUGCUGUUCAUAGUGGAGCUUUUGGGUUUAGAGAUUUUGUAACUUUUACAAGCAAAUACAAGUCAUUUGUGACAACCAG